AACCUGACAGUUUGUCAAUUUUUCUGCAGGUUGUACACUCUUCUUCUUGGUGAGCCACAGCACACAUCAACCUUGGUGCUUUGAAAGCAAUACAAACAUGUACAGAAAAUCAAAACAAACAGGUACAUAUUGAAAAUAUUUGAAUAAAAGUAUUGUCAUACAUCUCAUCCUUAGGUUUUUCUGUUCUCCCAGUGUAUUAUAUAGGGAAAUCCUACCACUGUCUUUGAAUUUUACUUUCGGAAAUUAUCACAAAAAGGUUAAAAAGCAGGUGGGAAUGGGUCAUCUACUGACAUCCCUAUUGAUGCUUACUUGGAAGUAAGUCCUAGAAUGUUCAGUGGGACUGAAGUGCAUUUAGGAUUGCAGCCUAAGUGUGCAUCCAGAUACCUGUAACUUGAGUUGUGAGUCCACUGUGGAUGAGUAUUCAUCAGUUUUUGUUCACCUUUUCCUUAAGAAAAACCAUCCUGUUUGUAGCUGAACCUGGCUGUGUUGGGUUGGCUAGCUGCUUACAACAUCGUGAGGCCACUUAUUCCCCUUUUAAAAUUUUCAGCUUUUUAAAAAAAGAGUGGCUUUACAAAAACAAAAAAGCAAGUGAAGAGUCACAUCAAAGUGCAAGUAGAUAAACAGGUACCGCUCCGGCGGGAAGGUAAAUGGUGUUUCUGUGCAUUGCUCUGGUUCGCCAGAAGCGGCUUAGUCAUGCUGGCCACAUGACCUGGAAGCUGUACACCGGCUCCCUCAGCCAAUAAAGUGCGAUGAGUGCCGCAACCCAUCCGCGACUAGACCUAAUGUUCAGGGGUCCCUUUACCUUUACCUUUAUGUCUGUCCAUAGCAUCCCAACAUAAAAAGAAAGCAGACACACCCCAAUGGGAAAUAUUUGCUAUGACACCAGUUUUUUACUAUGCCUUUAGGCAUCCUAAUGCUCUCCAUAAACCCUUAACCAGACUGUUAGGCUUUUAGAUUUGUGGAGAGACCACUCGGAUUUAAUAAAGAAAAGUUUCUAAGUCAUGUUUUAAAAAUAAAAUAAAAUUGUGCCUGUGGUUUAUAUAUUAGGCUCAGCAAUCAUAAAGCUAAUAUAAUAACUAUCAAACAGUACUGAAAGGACUAUCAUUGCAGUGGUGUAGGGGGAAAUAAUUUAUUGCAGAUAGUAUUGGCUUUGGCCCCAUAGCCUUAGCCCUCAGACUCGUCCAUGUAUAGCCACAGAUAUAAAUAUAGUGAGUAAUUCUGGACAUAUACAGAAUACCUUUCCUUUCCUGUCUCCACACACUUAGAAUGAAGGAAUACUGUAGAUGUGCAUUCUUCAGUUCAGGUUGGGAUCCGAGCAUACCUUUAAAGGCCACUUUCCCUCAUUUCCACAGACAAUAUUUUGAGAACACAGUGUUGGAGGAAGACAUAUCAUUACAUAUAUUGCAGGAAGUUUAUGAACGGAACCAUCUUGGCUCAUUUCCACCAGUGUUGAUUAUUCAAAGAUAAUUAAGAUGUUAAGGAUUUAGCUCUUGGUUUAAAAGCAUUUGUGUGGGCAUGAAAGUUUAUUAAAAUGACAUUAUCUGCUCGUAUGCUAGGUCAAUUACAAUUAUUAUUAUUUUUUAAAAAAAUCCAUAUACUACUGUGCAACACCUCAAAUUAUAUUUUACUAUUUUAGAAAGUACUAAUCAAUAUCCAGUUAACUGUGUACAGUAGUUUAUUUAUUUCUUUUGGGAUCUUUCGAUUUACAAUAGCCAUGUAAACCCCGAAAUCUCAAAAGGCGCUAGUCCCUAAUAAAGACAAUACGAUUAUAACCAAUUAAUAUCCCUCCUAGUUUCAAAUCCAGAUGUACCGUUUUUAUUUCAACCUCCCAAAAUCAUGGUUUGGAUUAUACAAAUUCUCGGGCGGGUUUUUUCCCCCAAGGUAUUCGGCAAUUUAAUUAGCCAGCGGCACCACUUACUUGGGAGCAAGCCCCGCUGAAUUCAGUAGGUCUUUACCUCUGAGCAGUAUUGCGCCGUUCCACCAUUAUUCCCAUAGGCAGAUUCAGACCACACCCGCGACUGCGUAGACCAAUGGCUGCUCCCGCAGCCAUAUAUCCCCACAAAGCAAUGGCGGCUUAAGCAACGCCUUCCUCCUCCUUACCCCCGCAGAGCAAUGGCGACUUUUACGCGGCGUCAUGUGACGUCGCAUUCUACAAGCGAGCGCUGCUGAGUGUGACGUGUCAAGACGCCCAAGAACGCUAUGCGCGAGGCUGUGGAGCCGCGGUCCGGCUACGGAUGCUGCCGGGUCGAUUAAGGAAGGUAAUUCCGAUUCCCUCUCCGCGCGCUCGCUGCAGCCCCGAGUGGUUGCCUAGCAACUGAGCCAGCUUGCCCGUAGGAGCGCGGGCCCUGUCUUUGUGGGCCUGGGCGAAGGUGCGCCCUUCCUGUGGAGGAGGGAGCAGGCAUAGGGGUCCCUCCCCAGGGACGUCCCCACAGCUGCGCCCUUUGGCACGGUCCUCGAGACCUGGGAGGGGACCUCUGCGGCCUCCAGUUGCUGCUGCUUGGUCUUCCCUUGUGGCGUUUCUGUGCCUCAAGAGCCCCUUGACCAGGUGGAAGUUCACCAGGGGAAGUUUUCUCUCUAGGGGUGGGAGGGAAACGCUGCAGCUGUUGGAUGUUUUGCCCGCCAUGCAGCAAUUCAAGGCGCUGUAACUGUGCCAGAGGGCAAGGCGGGGGCGAGGGGAGAGGGAGUGACUCUGCCCUUAAAUACCUGAGCUAAUGUAGCUGGGUGUGUGUUUGUGAUUCGCAUACCCCCCUUUAGGGUUUUGGCAAAAGGCGUAUUAGGGAGGAUUUGGAGAAUGAAGCGCUCUCGCAUAAUGAGCUUUGGGAAGGGAUGUGUAUUUAGGAUUUUAGGCCUACCACUAAAAACUGCAUUUCUGAGUGCAAGGCCUCUUGGUAGUUGUGGAAAAGAAGGGUGCCCUUUGGUUUUCCCCCCUUGCCCUUCCAUGCAGGGUGCUUCUAGUGGAGGAUUUAAUGAGACUAUUUGUUUGUUGCUUUAUGAUAUAUUGAAAUAAAAGGGGGUGAGGGAAUCCUUCCCUCAGCCUUCCUUAUAUAAUACUGGGGGGGGGGGGGAAUGCUGUGACGUUUUAGGGCAAUUGUUGUAGGUAUGGCUGUGGAAAGUUAUUAAGUGGUUAGUAAAGGUACAGUAAAGGUAAAGGGAUCCCUGACCAUUAGGUCCAGUCGUGGCUGACUCUGGGGUUGCAGCGCUCAUCUCGCUUUAUUGGCCGAGGCAGCUGGUGUUUGUCCGCAGACAGCUUCCGGGUCAUGUGGCCAGCAUGACUAAGCCGCUUCUGGCAAACCAGAGCAGCGCAUGGAAACGCCAUUUACCUUCCCUCUGGAGAGGUACCUAUUUAUCUACUUGCACUUUGACGUGCUUUCGAACUGCUAGGUGGGCAGGAGCAGGGACCGAGCAACGGGAGCUCAUCCCCUCAUUGCGGGGAUUCAAACCGCCAACCUUCUGAUCAGCAAGCCCUAGGCUCAGGGUUUAACCCACAGCGCCACCUGUGUCCCAAAGGUACAGUAUAAUCAUAGAAUUAUAGAACUGAAGAGUUGGAAGGGACCCCAAGGGUCAUUUAGUCCAACCCCCUGCAAUGCAGGAAUCACAACUAAAGAAUCCCUAAUGGAUGGCCAUCCAGCCUCUGUUGAAAAACCUGAAAUGAAGGAGAGUCCACCACAUCCUGAGGGAGUACAUGCCAGGAAGUUCUUCCUUACCACUGUGGGUUAGGCCUCAGCUUCUUGAGCAUGCUGUUAUUGCUUAAUGAAUGUAAUAAUACUGUGGUAAUUACUGAUUUGGCCAUAUGGUACUCUGAGAUAUGUAUCCCUGAGGUUACAUUAAUGCAACUCUCUUCAAAUGGUAACAUUAUUCUAUAGUGUAAACUCAAAAAGCUACAAGUGUAUUCCUCUUAGUUUGCUAAGAGGAAGUUGUUCAAUCAAGGAGAGAUCACUCUAUUUCUUACAUGUUGUUGCAAAUAAAUGGUGCUGCAGUGUUAAAAAUGGUGUUAAAGUGAAAUAAUUUUCCUCCUUCAGUGGUUUACAUGAGAUUCAUUGCUAUCUUGUCCUAUAAAAAACUUUUCAUUUGACUCUUCUGAAAUUUUUAUUGACUGUCAGUGGGAUUGAUAAAUGUACCGUAGUUUGAUUUUAAGUGCAAUCCUGUGUAUAUGUACUCAGAAGGAAGUCCCAAAGAAUGAGUUAGUUUAUUUAAAGCUAUUUAUAUAUUGGUCUUCAGCUAAGUAAAACCAGAGCGGUUCACAAAAUACAAUAGGAUAAAAUACAUAUUAAAACCAUUAUAAAAUUAUACCCACUGCAGCCAGCAAUAAAUGCUAUUUCAAGCUGGGUCUGAUUUAUGGAAUAUAGGGUUCUUUAAUUGUUAUGUAUUGUUACUUUUCCUUAUUUUAUGCUCUGCUUUAUGUUUAUGCUCUUAAAAUUUUGCAAGUUGCUUAGGAAGUCCUUAUGUAGCAAGCAGUUAUUAAAAUGAAAUAAUAAUAAUAAUAAUAAUAAUAGCAAAGGUUGAGGUAAAGAGCUAAGUCUGAAGCAGGUGUUGAAAUCCAGCACAAUCUGCACCAAGCAUAUUUCAAGGCAGAGGGAGUUCUGUGGACCGGAUACAACCACAAGAAAGGCCCUUGCUUAGGUUGCCGCAUUCUGUGCCACAGCCAGUGGUGACACCAUUAGGAGAGCCUCCUUUGAUGAUCUUAACAAACAAGUAGGUAUGUAUGGAAGCAAAUGCUCCUUCAGAUAUCCAGGCUCCAACUUGUACAGUGCUACCUCUGGUUACAUCCUUAAUUCGUUCCGGAGGUCCGUUGUUAACCUAAAACUGUUCUUAACCUGAAGCACCACUUUAGCGAAUGGGGCCUGCCGCUGCGCGAUUUCUGUUCUCACCCUGAAGCAAAGUUCUUAACCCGAGGUAAUAUUUCUGGGUUAGUGGAGUCUGUAAGCUGAAGCGUAUGUAACCUGAAGCGUAUGUAACCCGAGGUACCACUGUAUUGGCAAUACAAUGACUGACUUCUAGGUGGGACUUGCUCAUAGGUAAGUGUGCAUAUGAUCUUAGCUUUGGUGUUUCUCAGAGAUAGGGAACCUAUAGCCCUCCAUAUGCUGUUGAAUACCAGCUCCCAUGAGCCUCAGCCAGUCAGGGACAACUGUAGUUCUAGUCCAUCAACAUCUGGAUAGUAAGUUACAGGUUCCCUAUACUUGCCUUAAAGUAUGGGGCUGUCUUCUACCUUUCAAGAUACAGGUAUUGAGACUGGAAACGUGAGCAUAGCCUAGUGAAAAUAUGGUUAAGAGCUAUGGCAGCUGUAUUUGUGGUUAUAACUUCAAAGCAAUGAAGAUUCAGCUGGGACCUUGGAGUCAACCGUUAGUCACCAUGAGACAAAAAGGCAAGUGGCUGACUACAAGCCUAUUUUAUUGUAAAUAAUGAAAACAUAACAGUCCGUUGUUAAUGCAAGCCCCUUUUAGGUUGCUGAAAGGACUGCCAGUCAACACAAUUGAACACAUUAUUAAAUAACAGAUUUCAGCCAUUAUACUUGCCUCUGUGGGCUUAUGAAGAACAACAUAAUAAAAUGUUAGCCAGACAACUGUAAUAUCUGCCAGUAUUGGCACAUGAUUUACUGCCUUCUGUGUAUCACUAUGUACCAUAAUACAGGCUGUCUAUCCACAGUAUUAUUUUAAAAGCAAUUGUCAUGCAUCCCAUUACUUUAUUUAUUAUGUUUCUGAGAAAGCCAAAAGUUUCUAAAAGGAUGUAUUCAUACACAUCUCAAAUUUAAAUAGGAAAACAAUCAUUAAAACACAAACAUAAGGACACUAAAGGAGAAACCUUAUAAUAAGGGAAAGGAUUUUGCUUAAUAAUACUUCGUUCAGCAUUCCCGCAGUUUCUAAGCCAUUUCCAUUCUUCUCCAAACACAUCAAUUUUGUUUCUCUUCUCUAACACAAAAAUAUAUUAUGUAAUUUUAUUCAUGAUUUCUUUGCCCCAUAAUUUUCUAUACCAUUCUUUCAGAGAUGGAAAAAGAAAUUGUCUCCUUAGUUUUCCAGUACAGUAUGUUGCAAAUAGAAGUAUAGCUGUAACAGUGCCCUUUUCUUUCAGGAAUAGUUGUUUCAGAAAACCUUUAGGCAUAAUCCUAAACACACUCACAAGGGAGUAGGCCCCACUGAACACAAUGUGUUAUUAAACUUAAUUUUUGGUUUGGAGAAAUAUGAGCUUAAGUAUGUUGUUAUAUUAUUAGCAGAAUAUGUGACCAAUAAGUUUUUUGUUCUUACACACAUGUCCCCCAACAGUCUGCAAAACCCACCUUUCUUUCAUCUUGCUUUGAACUUAUUUCGCUACCAUUAGACAACACUGUGAUAGUUAUUUAUAGAAAUUGUCUGAGUACUAAAUAUUUUCACCCAAAUAUAUUUCUGUAAGAUUACUGACAGCUUAACUUUUAGGGUCUCCCAUCACUCAUAUAUCUAUCUAUCUAUCUAUCUCUCUCCGGACCCUCUUCUGUCCGAUAUGUAAGCCACCCUUACUCUGAACCAACUUGCAAUGCUUCUUCAACACUUUGCUGUGCAUGUUUAAUUUUCUGAGGGGCAAACUAGAUAUGGCAGUCUUUGCCUUUAACAUACAGAUUUUUUUAAAAAUGCUAUUAGCAGCUGUCUGGAUGGCUGAUAAAUAUUGGGAUGGAGGAGAUGUGGAGGGAGACUUUACCCAUUUUCUGCCUUGCAGUUACAAUGGAAAUAAUUUCGUGAAAACCUGUAAAGUUCCCAUCGGCACUUUGGGAGCUUUCCCUUAAUGCAGAGAGCACAUCUGGAGAAUGCUCCACAUCUGCUGUGAUCCCAGUGAUUUUCAGUCCGCUCCCCAGUGGAUGGUUAGUACAUUUUAAGAGGAGUUUAAGUCAGACACACAUUUAACAUUGCAUAGUUUAUCCCUGAGCAGAGGCCAAUUUAGCCACACAUUUGGAGGUGUAAUGCCAAGGAAACUGACCAUGUGAUUGAGGAGUGGUGCUCCAAAGCAAAUAUGGAGUGCUGCAGCCUGCGAAGAUGUCCUCACUCUCUUGAGUGGAGCUGUCUUCCCCACAGAAAAAAAUGGGGAUGAUUAUACUCGUAGGAGCUCUACUUGUGGGUAGCAGCGCAUAUGGUAGUCUUAUGGAGCUUUUUAAACUGUUGCUAUUAUUUCACACACUGGCAAAUCCAAGUUAUGCAAUUCAAGUUGAUGAGGACUCUUGCACAACAAACCCACUCUUUCCCCCAAAUCAGACAUUUCACAAUAAGGAAAGUGAUUUGAUGCACCGGAAAGUGGAGAAUGAUGAUUGCUUGAUGUCAUGUAACUUCCCCGUAUAUUAAUCAAAAUGAAUGCUCGAUAAGUAGCCAACAUCUUCUAACCUCCCCACGAUCUUUGUGCAUAUUAAUAAGGAUAAAUGCUCAAUAAACAGUUCAUCUGGAAGCAACCAGAGUAUUUCUAAAAGUGCAAGAUGUAAGGAUGGAGAUAACAGGAUAAUAGCAUUCUCAAAUGAUAUACAUAAUAGAGGAGCAGCUCACAGGCGAAUUUAAUCCACAAGCACAUUUUAUAUCAUGCAAUGAGGUAUGAGCACGGUUUCACUUAGAACCCCUUUGACUAAUGAUAUGAGAUAGGGCUGUAGCUAAAUACAGCUUUGUGCUACUAUCAUCUGGUAAUGCAUGGAAAACAGCUUGCCGGUUUUAGGGAGGCUUAUCUUUUGGAAGAGUGACUAAUUUGCCUUUGCAUAAAUAGGAGUUCAAAGGAAAUGAAUGCUGUUUAUCCAGGAUUUAGGGAAGAUUUUGUAAAAUAGAUCUAGUCCUGUGAAGGACUACCUCCAGUUCCCUAGUAUUUGGGAUUUUGUUUUGUUUUGUAUCUCUGGUCCUAAAAUACAAAAACCUACUGAGAGAAAAGGAGAUUCUGUACUAGCUUUAUUCUUUGUUGCAGAAUUGUUUCAAAAUAACAGAAAUUGCAUUAUAUAAUAAGGUCACCAGAAUUAUACUUUGUUUUCUCAGGUAAGAUUAAUUUUGAUUUAUGGAAAUUUGGAUAAGGAUAGGAGGAAAAAUCUCUUUCUAGGUAGAAUAGUAUUAAGACUGAACUCAUGGACUUUUUUAUUGUAGGAAAUUUGUUUAUGCAGUAUGCAAUCUUGUAAGUGAACUGUUGGAACACAUGUUGCAUCUGUGAAUUACAGGCCAUUCAUACUGACAGAUGUGCAGUUAAACUAUUUUAGCCUCAUGAACAAAACUAGUUCUAGUGUCUUACAGAACACACCAUUACAUUGCCUUUUAAAAUUUGUUUUUAUUAAAGGAUUUUCUUAGUUAACAAGGGUACAUGCAAUGUCUCUGUUUUCAGAGGUAUGUGGCUGUAGUGGUGCAGUCUCUCCAGCAUUUACCGGUAGGGACCGAACAACGAGAGUUCACCCCGUCGCGGGGAUUCGAACCGCCGACCUUCUGAUCAGCAAGCCCUAGGCUCUGUGGUUUAACCCACAGCGCCACCCACAUCCCGAGGUUAGGUACCAGCUAUAAAUUAGUUUCAAAGUCAGUUCUCUUCUUUUGGUUGAGAUGGACUUAAAAGGUGGUUUAGACCAUAGUUUAAACAGAGUUUUGAACACAGUUUUGUAGCGUCUUGAGUAGUAGUUUGUAUAUUGUGGAUUUCAUCCCCUUGCUAUGUCCCUAUGUUGUUAGACGUUUAUCGAAGGUGUUCAGAGUCCUUUGACUGCUGGGUUAUUUAAGAAGGUGUGCAGUUGGUGUUGGGUCAGCUAGGGUAUACAAACUAGGGGACACCUAGUUUCCCCUAGUUUGUCUUUUAUUUUUUGUGUUAGUAUGGGUUUGUCAUUUUUGUAGAAGUCUGUUAGGCUGUGUAAACCUUUGACUUGCCAUGUUUUUGUUUGGAAGCUGUGGGCUGCAUGGUGGAAUAGUGGGUGGUGGCCAGGGGGAUUAAUCGGGUUGGGGGCACUUUACCUGCUUUCUCCUUCCAUACUUUAAGCAUGGAUUGUGUGAACCUGUUUAGUGUUGUGAAGAUUUUCUUUAGUUUGUUUUCGAGGAACGGAUACACUGGUACUUCCAGUUGCAUCUGUCUCCAUGCGCAACCAUUGUUUUCUUUAAAAAAGCUGACAAAAAUAGCUUUGUGUUAAACACUUUGGCUGGUGCAUUCAUAAUCCUUCUUAAUCAUUCAUAAUGGUUUAAGAAUUCAUGCGUGCCCCAUAGGUUCAGACACAACUUUCUCCUCUUGGAUGUGAAUUUUCCUCUCCCUUUCAUUUUCAAAGCUAACCCAUGUUACAUCUGUACUGUAUCAUACUGCAAUUUGCAAAUAUGUUUCUAACCAUGGUUGCAAACUGGCUUGGCACGAACCAUUGUUAAAAGUGGGUUCAUGAGCUGUGGUUUGAGCUAAACGUGGCUUUGUUCCAUUAAUGGCAUUUAAAAGUAACUUGCUACUAUUCAUUCUCAGGGCAGUGUUUUGUACCACUAUGCAUAAGAAAUUGGGCAGGCAGACUAUGGUAUUCAGUGAAUAAGUGACAUAUUUGCAUCUGAUCUACAAUUUUGGGCUGGCUUGGCAGCUAUGUCAAAAAAUUUAGUUGCCCACUCCCUGCCUAUCAUUCUCCUGCCACCUUCUUUCCAGCUGACAUCCGUCUUCCACCCACUGGCCUUUCCCAAGGGAAAAGAGAAAUGUACAUGCGGUUGAGUGUACUUGAGUGCUGCUGCUUUAAUGUACUUGCAGCAUCUUCAGGGAACAGCAUGCAACCCUGGAGCUGGGAAGCAGUGCAGAUGACAAUUCACAAACUGUGGUAAUCCUUGCCCAGCUCUCCAGGUUGACCGACUUUAGGGUAGUGCCCAAGUGGAAUUGUGGGAGUCUGUAGAUACCAAAAGCAUUCUGUUUGGUAAGUUUCACAAUGCUCUCCUAGUUUUAUGAGUACUUUAAAGAGAAACUUGAAUGUUUCUUAAUUACAGUUUGGGAUAUUUUACAAAAAGACUGCCUAGUAGGCAUUUUAAAUGCCUGCUAUGAGUUAUUACUAGAGAUACCUUCUGCAUUAUGAAUGUUUUAAUAAGCUCUUCCUGUUUUCCACAUAUUAUGAAGUAUCAUAUAUCUCACAGCUAGGAAUAAUAUCCAGCUAGGAGCAAAUCCCAUAUGCUAAGAGCAAACUCAUUCUCCAACUUAUGUAGCCCCCAAAAGCAAAAGAGGAAGGUAUUGGCAGGCUCUGUGUUUAAAGGAGGGAGGCUAAGUCAGCUCAGUGUACCAUGCGAUGCUGGUUGACGGCUGGAGUUGGGGAAUGCAAACUAGUGCGGAGGGGAAGUGGAAUGGACUGUUCUGGAAUAGGCCAUGAUUGAUUGGCUGGCUAGAACAAGAGCACUCCACACUGCAAUAUUUGUUGCAGGAGUUAUAAAUGAAUGCAAGCAGGAUGACAGCCAAAGCAAGGACACUGUGAAACAGGAGGGGAGGCACCAGCAUGUUCAGGAGAACCCCAAUGUUUGCAGACAUACAAAAGUCUUUAGCAAAAAAUUCUUAGGGAACAUUCAGUCUCCACAAAACAGUUCAGUUAAGGCUGAGUAUGCUUAGUGGUCACUCAUUGAGUGAGUGAGUGAGUGAGUGAGUGAAUGGAAAAGUGGGUGAAACAGAAUAGAGCAGCCUAGAUGAGGCUAUGGCUGGCUGGAAUAUUGUACAGAAACACUUUACAACAUUUUGUUGCAGGGCCCACUUAUAUAUAUUUCAGUGGUGAUGCAGUUUUGUGGUUGGAACAAUUUGUGAUUGCUCUUCUUCCCCCAGUUGUGGAGACAGAAUUACUUUUGUGAUGGUUUGCUAAAUGCCAUAUGAAUAUAAGAAAUAGGAUUAGGUGCAUAGGAAGUCAGAUCCAACUAGCUCAGUUUUGUGUAUAGUACACUGUCUGGUUGUGGGACUCCAGAGUUUCAGAUGGGAUAUUCUCAGAGGUUGAACCAGGGAUUUUUACUAGAACCCUGAAAUACACUUACUGGAAAUGUAGUGAAUGAAAGCAAAGGUAAAUCAAACUCUAUAUGUAUGUUCUGUUUCAGAUUUUCCUUGUGCCUGCUGGCAAUGUCCAUGAUCCUGUCUGCCUCGGUGGUCCGUGUGAGAGAUGGACUCCCUCUAUCUGCUUCUACUGAUUAUGAGCAAAACGUUGGUGUGCAGGACUGCCAAAAAUACUUCAAAACUAUUGCAAAGAGACUUUCUCAGCUUCCUGAUAGAUGCACACUUCAUGCAGGACUGUAUAACCUAAAGUAAGUUUUAUUUGGGACUUUAUCUUGUUUCACAUACAACUGUUGGCUGCUAUAAUAGGGAGUGAAACAACUAUUUGCUUUUGGGGGGGAACUAGGUUAGCUUUAAAUGAUGAUGUAUUUUCAUAAAUCUUAAAUAUGAAGGCAUUUGUACAACUGCUUCAUUCCUCAUAUAUGUACGCACAUAAAUUGUAGUAAUCCUCAGAGAUCCUGUUUUGCAUUCCACUGCCAUGAGCCAGGGCCUUUUUGGUGGCAGCAUCUCAACUGUGGAACUUCCUCCCAAAGAAGGUUAGACUGGCCCCAUCUCUGAUAUCUUUAAAACAAGAGGUUAAGACAUUUUUCUUCUGCCAGUCUUCUAGUUAUUUUAAAUUUGUCUGUUCGGAUCCCCAUUUUUGUGGGGAGAGAAUCUGUUUUAUGUAGCUCUUCAAUGCUCCCCAGUUUUUAAUUGUAAUGAAAUUUUAAUUGUUAUACAGUAAAAUAAAUAUUGUUUCAGUAUUGCUUAAUAAUAAUAAUAAUAAUAAUAAUAAUAAUAACAACAACAACAAUAAUUUGCAUCCUGCCUAUCUUACUGGGUUGUCCCAGCCCCUCUGGGUGGCUUCCAGCACAUAUAAAAACAUAGGAAAAGAGCUGCCUUCAGAUGUCUCCUAAAAGAUAUAUAAUUACUCAUCUUCUUGACAUCUGGUGGGAGGGCAUUUCACAGGGUGGGAGCCACUACCGAGAAGGCCCUCUGCCUAGUUCCUUGUUGCUUCACUUCUUGCAGUGAGAGAACUGCCAGAAGGCCCUCGGUGCUGGAUCUCAGUGUCCAGGCUGAACCAUGUGGGUGGAUGUAUAAGGCAUAUAACGGCAGACUAAUCAGAAGGCAAAUCAAGUGAUUAUCUUGAUAUAGUGGCCUGACAUAAACCCUAGUAUAUCAUAGGCAGCCAAGCCUUGGACUACCCUUCUGGAAACAGAUAUGCUUUUCCUUUGAAGUGUUUAUGAAAUGAAUCUAAUGGGGCAAAAUAUGCUGUGAACACAUGGUGGGAGCAGUAGUGUGAUGUCAUAGCACAUUAUGCCAUUUUGUUCCAUUGGUUGUUUACCUUUAGUUUUUGAAGCAUAUCAGUUGGGACUUCACCUGCUGAGUGUUGGCUCACUCCUGCCCAUAGUUUUUCUUUCAUUUUCCUACAGACUUCAAUAUAUUUUCUGUCUAAGACCAUGAGUUUGUUGGCAGUGCUUUCUUUUUGUCCAAUAGGUUAUAGAAAAACCCAGCAUGCCUUAUGCUCACCUAGAUGGACUAUGUUUAUCUGGAUUAAAUUACAGCAGUGUACAGCAGCCAUAAAACCAUGUGUAUCUUUAAGCUGAAAACAUAAAUUUCAAGCCUUUCUCAUUGCCUUCAUUUUUCUUGUACCAAAACCAUACUUUGGAAUGGUUUAUUUGAAAUGAGUUUGUGUGCGCGCUACAGUUUGUGUGUUUCAUGAUCUUAAUAAUUAAGUGGGCCCUAGACGAAAUGGGGAAUGAAUUAUUUGUAAGUAGAUGCAAAUGGAGUUGGGGAGAGAAUCAAUAUUCACAGUUCAAAAUUAGAUAAUUCGUAUUAUUAUCUGAUGUGUACAUUUCUGGCACUGACCUUUAUAAAUAAACUUCCCUGAGUACUCUUGAUAAAUCUCUGGUGUUUAGUAUAUCAGUAUAUCAGUCUAAUUAUUUUUAAAGUGUCAGAUGUACAGUAUGCACCUAAAAUUGUCCUAGAAUUAUUGUUUUGAAUUGCACAAGGAAUGAUGAACUAAUGCAGUGUUUUAACAGAAUGUUUAAUAAAUAAAGAGUGUAAGCAUAUGCCAGAAUUUCAAUUAGAUCUGGGGAGUUUUCCAGCUUCUGAUGAGUUCCUGUAAUGCCAUCACAGAAUACUGACGAAGAAGCAUCAUUGCUAGGGCAGGAUUUCAUUCUCUGGCUCAUAAAAAUAAUUCUGAAGAGCUUUCUCGUUUUGGGUUUUGGAAUGAAGAUGUCCUUUUAUGCACAACCAAUAAUUAAAACAUUCAGAGGUUAAAGAGGGGAAAGCCACCUGCCCUCUUUGAUCUGUUUCCUUCUUCCCACUUUAGAGAGGAAAAAUCCUUGUACUCUUCUACUUUUUACUUGUGGUGGGACACACCCGGGACCCUUUCCUCUUGAAAACAAUGUUACAAUUUCUCAUGAAUAUUGAUGCUUUCAUUACACUCAGAGCCAUUUUUCUUGUUCAUACAGCACAGAGAGCUGCUCUAGUCAAGCUGUAGAUGCAUGAAUUUAAUUCUGAAACAUUAAACACAUUUUAAAAUGUUUUUUGUUUUGUUUUGUAGUUUUAUUAGUUCCUUGGGAGUGAGUUACAUGAUGCUCUGCACUGAAAAUUACCCCAGUGUCCUGGCCUUCUGUUUCCUGGAUGAGCUUCAAAAGGAGUUCAUCACCACAUACAACAUGAUGAAGACAAAUACAGCUGUUAGACCAUACUGUUUCAUUGAGUUCGGUAAAGAGGAUUCACCACUUUCUUUAAUGAUGGACUUGUUUUAGAUCUUAUAUAUAUAACUGUAACAUAUCUUUCCACCCCAAAGUGUUCAAGGUGGCUUACAAAAAGCAUUUUUAUUAUUAUUACUCAGCUGACACAAUAAAAUUAGCAGUUAAAAUCUAAACAUAACCACUGUUUUAGCCACAAACCUUUACUGUGAUAUAUAGCCCGUUCUUCUAGCACCUUACAAAAACAAAAGAGAGCUUUCACCUGUUUAAUGACAUUUUGAAGUGGUGGGUUUAGGUAGGUCUUCCUAGGAAGGGAGGCAGAGGUGAUGCCACAACCAGGAAGGAUAUUAUUAUUUUUUUGUGGAAUCACAGGGUGGAAUUCAUUGUUGUGUUAUGUAUGAGAUAUGUUCUGUAUGCAAGCAUUUCAGCUUGCCAGAUGCAACAGUCCCUCCUCUCCUCCCCCUGUGUGCUGUGCUGGGGAUUCCCCCAAUUUGUUAGAUUCCAGAUGCCCUAAGAAUAUGUCGAAAAUGAAGAAGCCUGUAGGCUUUCCCCUUUAAGCACGUAUUUUGCUCUUACGUAUGUAUAGUCGUAUGCUUUUGUUGGGAAAGAAAGUUCAUCAUUAUGGAUGCUGUUAAUUCUCAUAUUAUGUGUGUCGAAGUAAAACAGGCUUGUUUUCAGAACAAGCUAUUGUUUUAUUUUGUAAGAAUAUAUUCUGAAUUGCAUGAAAAGCUAAACAAAAUGCAAUUCAUUAAUUAUAUUAGCCCUACUUUCAGGCUUGUCAGUGCAUGAGUCAUUAGUUUAUUUAUAAUUAGAUUCCUAGUGCUUAAUUUUUUGGUGCUGCAAAAUUAAUUAGCCCAUGAUAUAUUAGUUAGAAAGUAGCAACAAUAUUAAAACCUUCCACAAUGGAUGUAAGAAUUCCAAAUAAUGAAUUUAAAUGUGUCUCAGAGACUUAUAUUGCCCAUAAAGCCAUGGGGUCUCAGAUGAUUUUAUUAACAUAUGUCUAAGGGGGUUUUGUUUUAAUUUUACACAGAUAAUUUCAUUCAGAGAACCAAGCAGAGAUAUAACAACCCACGGUCUCUGUCGACAAAGAUAAACCUUGCUGACAUGCAGACGGAAAUCAGGCUGAGACCACCUUAUCAAAUUUCCUUGUCUGAAUUGGGUUCAGCCAAUGGGUAUCCACAUGUACCUCUUCCAGAAUACAAAGGUACUGGGAAAAUAUCUACAGGUGAGUUUGUUUCCUUAAACAUAAUUUUGCUUGGAAGGUUCAAAACUGGAGCAAUUUGCUUAUACCAGUCUUGUAAAUCUUGGGACCAAACUAGAUGUCAUUCUUGUUGUUUAGCCUGUCUUAAAAUAAAAUAAAUGGGCAUUGCAAUGGGCCUAUUCUGGAUCAGGACUGUGGCAUGGAGAGACUACUUUAAUCCUUUGCCCCUGCUGCUUUCCUGAUUAGAAUCUCUCCCACCCACAACACAGCACCUUCAGUUUGCAGUGGGAGGAAAGGUCCCAUUGUUUCCCUCAAGGUCAAAUGACAUAUCUAAUUUGAUCCUAAAAUUUUGCUAAAUCUGAGGUCUUGCUAAUGGCUCCACCAUAUUAUUCCACUCUUGUAACAAUCAACAAGCUUGAAUUUGUGAAUAUAAGUAAAAAGCCACUGCAAAAUUUCACUUGUCUCUAGAAUAUGUGAUUCUGGAUUAGAACGAUGGACGUGAAUGUAGGGAGGAAGCCAGUCUCUAACUAUGAAGCUCACUGAGGUUUGAUGGAAAUUGUUACUUCAUAUAAUCUGUUUAUUCCGACAUGUUUGUUUUAGAGUAAAAUACAUGCAGAAUAGAAAUCUGUAUUUUUUAAAAAACAUGUUUCUUCCAAACAACAGCUAAACUGGUCACAGAUUAGUGUGUUCCUUCCAGAGUUUGGAAACAAUGAUGCUCACACAGUCUAGUUUUCUUCUUCUGGAGAAAUUCCCUUUGUCGCUGCUGUGCUUUCUCUGACUUUAUGAACUGCUUUGGAGAGCCUUUUUCUGCUGCAGCUGUUCAAUGCAAACAACAUGGAAUGACACCCCUCUCAAUAUUAAUGUUCCAGCUCAUUAACUUCAUUGUUGGCACCUUUACACUUCACUGAUUUAAACAGAAUGAUUUAAAUAUGGUUCAGUAACCUCAUUGUCACUCUCUCUGUGUUGCCUAGACUACUGUGGAUUUUGCCCUGUUUUUUCAUAUUCAUUUUCUGUCACUUGUUGCGGAAUAGCACAGUAACUGCUUGUACACACAUUCACUAUGAAUUGGCAGACAUUUGUGUGUACCAUUGGCUCUCCAGUAGCACCUUUGAAUGUCUGCAUAAAUGCUUACUUUCAGCCACCUCCUCCGCAUCUUUUAGCGUCAAUAUAGUUUGUAAGAGAAUUGUGCAGUGGGCCCCUCUGUGGAUCUGCCAGUGAAGCUAGAAGUUUUCAUACUUAGCCUACCUCUCCUUCUGCUUCACAGUGCCCAUUUGGCAAAUACACUAAGGCACUAUGCCUAUGUACAUUUACUUGGGAGGAAGUCCAUUAGGAUCAAUUGGACUUCCUUGUGAGAAACAAAGGAGUGUCUGAUUAAGGGGCUAAAAGUGCUGGAGAAGGCUAAACUGACAAUAGUUUUUGGAAGACUUUUAGGAGAUGAAUGGACCACAUUCCUUGCCUCCUAGAAUACCAAUUAUGGGUAUAUUACUUUUCAUUUUUUUGUAAUAUUCCACAUUGCUGUCAUUUAAAAAUAUGGGAAAGGACCAGGCUGUCAACUUCUGUGCACUUACUUACUUGCACGUAAGUACCAUUGAGCCCCUACUUCUGAGUAAGCAUGUUUAGGGUCAGCUAUAAAUCAUUCUUUAAGAGCUGUAACUUAUGCAUUAGUAGAGCAGAAAAGCAAACUCUGAGAGCCCUAUUUCAAGGGUGAGACUUAACUACUCAGUGGCUAAUUGAAGACUAAAUUCACCAGCUCGUUCUGCAUUUUGGAAAUUUACAGCUGUGCUCCCACAAUCUAAGCCUAAUACUGAAGAACUUGGGUGCAUUAGUUCAAAACUUAUUUUUAACCAGGCCUUGGAGAGUUUCAGUUUUUGCUCUUGCAAAAUAUAUUUUUUCCAAUGUGCUCUGUGAAGUUAUGCUUCUUCAGCUUGCUGUUAUAUAUUCUCUAAGCACGUACUCAGUUCAAAAUGGAGGAGUCUCUUAAGCUUAUGAGUAUUUUCUCGUUUAAGUUACAGAAUCUUGAGCAGGAAGACACUGAAAAAUAGCAUUAACAUUUUUGGCUCAAACAUUAAGGAACACAUCUUUAAAUAUUGAUAAGUGUUUUUUCCCCUCUGCCUUCCAGCCCCUCACCAGCGACUGGAACCUGUGACUCUGUCAGGGAUCGUUUCCUUUCUACUCAGCCUUUUAUGUGGGGCUUUGAAUUUAAUUCGUGGUUUUCAUGCCAUAGAGAGUCUUCUGCAGGUACUGUAGCAAUGUUUAUGACUUUGUAGCAGGGGAAAACAAAAGCCCAGUCUUGGAAGACUUACCUAUCAAUUUCUUUUUUAAAAAUGCUCUUGCAAUAAGUGGUAGAGUUAAAUCACUCUCUGAAUAUUGUUUGGAUAAGGAGAAACUCCUCUUUUCCCACAGAGGGCUGGCAACUAUGGCCUGCAGGCUGGGUUUGUCCUUCUGAGCUAAGCUGUUUGACAUCUCAGCUGGUGGAGCAAUAUAUCUUUCUGUUACUGACAUGUUUCAGACCUGUGUCACUAGCUUUUUUUUUGUAGGGAAGCUGAGCCAGUAGAGAAGUCCAGAAUGUUUUACAUGUAGACUUUAAUAAGAUUCUUUGAGUUGGUCUAGCUAUUAAACUUUACAACAGAAGUAGGUUUUCUCUGGUGUGUUUCUGACCACCCCAUCAUUUCUGGGCCGUUUACAUGGUGAGUUUGCCUGCCUGCCGUGGAUGUCAAUGACAUUCAUUGCUGGUGGUGGAGGAAGCUCUCAGUGUGAUAGCACUGAAUCAUGUGACAGGUUGUUUGGGGACAAGCAGCUUUCUGUGGGGAUGUUGAUCCACAUGGCCAGUGAACUGUUCUCUUGCAUCAGGGAAAUCCAUGAUGGAGUACCUUCUCUCAGUGAAUCGCUUUAGAACACAGGAUUGCUGCAAAUACAUUCUGUAUUGAGAGGAUCAUAGAAAGAUGAUGAGAGAAGGAUCUGGGAAGUUCUACUGUUCACUUACAGCAAUCCAAGCUAAAGCUCUGGACGCACUAGUUAGAACUGUUCUUUCCUAUGUUCUCCACUCUGGGAAAAUGUUUUGGAGGACUGCACUACACAUUGGGAGCUCCUAGAAUCAUAGAUUUGGAAGGGACUCGGAGGAUUCUAGGCCAACCCCCUGCAAUGCAGGAAUUUGCAGCUGGCCCUUAUGAAGUUAUCAGUUCCAUGUUCUAACCAGCUGAGCUAAAUGGCAGGUGUGAGUUCCAGUCCCAUUUCAGAUGAAUUGCAUCACUUUUUCUUUUCAAUUAAAAUGUAAAUAUUUUCAGUGAAAUUUAAAAUACACUUUUGAAAAGUCAUUUUGAACUAUACACAGACUAUUCUGGGUUUCUCUUCUGGCUCAGGAUACUAAAUUAUAAUAUAAUACGAAAGUAAUAUAUGAAUGUUAUUACUACCCAUGCAACGGUUAUAACAAAUGAGAUGUCCUUGAGGUCUUGUUUCAUUUUUCAAUAUUCCACUAAGCAUGUAACAUAAAGUUAUAUUGACUUGUACUCUAUAAUUGCCCACAGAUUACAGUUAGAAAUUACACCUUUCCCAUUAUCAUUGAAGAACCUUCUGAUUUGCAUGCAAUUCUAGUCUUUAUUGUUCUUCCUUUUGAAAGUGGUCUUCAACAGCCAUUGUUGUCUUUUCAUUUUCUCAUAAGGAACUCAUAUUUCAGUUAAGAAAUAGUUGCUUGUGUAUAACAAUUGCUUUUGUUAUGUGCACACAUGUUCUGGUAAGUCAGGUUUUCUAUAAUGUGAGAAACAAACCAAAAUCCAUAUCUCCCAGAUCCAAAGCUCCUGCUCAUACAACUGUUAGAUAUUACAACUUAAGGAAAAAGUAUAUUGUAUAAUAUUUAGCCGCCAUCUGUGUAAAUACUUCUUUGUGGGUUUUCUUCAUUACCCGUUUAUUUUUUACUUUGCAGGAGCUGAGCACCAUCUAGUGGAUGCAUGUGAUGGCAGCAGAUCAGUCUCUUUAAAUGUUGAUCUGUGGCAAUCGCUGAAAAUGGGCUGGACAUUUUGCUUGUUUUAAGAGAAAAAGGGGCACAUUUGUGAGAGAUGCUAAGGCCCUACAUUAGCUUUCCUCUUCAUAGUCUGUCUCCUGAAUUUUUAUUUCCAAGUGUUUCUACUUAGUCUGGCUAGAGAAAAAUCAAGAUUGGCAGGGACAGGCUGCAGGGAGAUAAAAAAUGGAUGGGGGGGGGAGGAGUUUAGCACUUGUCACGCAUGUACCCCAUUUGGUCUUAAAAUGAGAUCUCUGCUGAUCUGCAUUUAAAGAGAGGAAGAGUUUUCCCCCAAUGAUAGCUGUUGUACAUUGGGGAAAAAGUGGUCCAGUGGGAAUAUUUCAGAUACCAAUUUCAGUAAAUGCAAAAUAACAUUAAUUUGAUGGUGAACAGAUGGCAAUACUCACUUGAUUUUUGCUAAAUGAAUGUAGACAUACCUAUUUAGCUAUUAUUACUUAAGCAAUGCAGUUAAAUGUGUUUUACUGCCUUGCAUUUAUCAUGACCUAAGUGCUGGCUGUUUGGCUGACACUUUGGUUACUAAAUAAGGAGACCAAUUUUUUCCCCAGAACGACAGAGAGGACCUCAGCUAUGUUAUUGCCUUUUUCCUUGGCACAGCAGCUUGUUUAUAUCAGGUAGGAUCUUCCUCUUACAAGUCUGAAUGAUUUUUUAAAAGUUGUAAUCCCUUUCUGACUUAGGGUAUGUUUUUUCAUACCUUCCAAAAUUAGUUGAGUGUGAAUAGAUUUAUUUCAAAGUUUCCUUCUGAGUUCAGUUGGUAGUGGGUGAACUGUACUGCAACUCGUUUAACCUUUGUAGGCAUUUGCAUUGAAGUCUACAAAGUACGUAGCUGGUGGAUUGCAACAGAGGCUUGACUCCCCCACAUUGUCACAAUAGAUAAGUAUCUGAAUUUUGGGCAGGGAAAACUGAAGGUGGUUGGGCCUAUUGUGGAGCUGUUAGUGUAUCCACAGAUUGGCCCUGCUUUUCCAGGGUCUAUCUGAGCCCUAUCUGGCAAUUUCUGCAUAUGAAACGUCUUCUGCCCCUCCCCACAGAUGCUAUCUCAUAAUAUCACACAAACUAGUCCAUGAUGAGGCAUAACUUAAGUCAAACUGGGCUUUUAUUUUGGAAUUUAUGGGACAGAAUGACAGAUUGUUGCCUGCAUGUUUUGGUUAAGAUUUCUUAGCAUGCAGAGGUUGUCUGAGGCCCAGGGUCAGAGUAUUGUUAGAAUCAAGUUAUAAACUCAAACAAAAAAGCACCUGGUCCUUGGUGGAGGCCCCUGGCUAAGACCCUGAGGCUCAGUGUACCUGGUCACCCACACCCUCUGCACAGGCCUGCUGAAAAUUUCUGUAUUUUCAUUAAUGAUUUUAUGGCCAUGCAGUAAGCAGGUAAGCUUAUUAUGCUAACUUUCCUGCAAGAGCAUAUUGUAUCUUCUUAGUGGAGAUAUUUGUUGCUUCAGGUAAUAUUUAAUCAAAAUAGCUGGUAACAGGCAGCUUACUUUCAGCUGCUGUGGUAUUUUAUUUAUUUUAAAUAUUUAUUAUUUUUAAGAGGUUAUACAAGAUUCAUAUGGCUCAUAGAAGACUCUUGUGUAGACUUCAACUGCAUCUCCAAGAUGCAGGGGGCCGGGACAGAUGUUCAGAAAUUGGAUCAUACCUCCACCUAUGGUAGGGUUGUACUAGAGUGCACAAAUUUUGGGCAACGGUAAUUUGAUAAGAUAUUAAAAUGCCACAGCAAAUAGUAGAUUUAAAUUGAAAGCCAUAGCUUUUGUCACGGGAGCUCACACUGUGGAGGUAACAUUUGCACUCCCCUUCUUACCUUUGUUGAGUGGAAAGGUAUGAAAGAAGUCUCUUGGCACAUUAGCUGGAUGCCGCUUGCUAUAGAAAUAUGAGACAAUUCAACAGGUUACUUACAUCCUUGUGACUUUUUUUCCCUUUGCAGUGCUAUCUGUUUGUGUAUUGCACAGGCUGGCGGAACAUCAAAUCCUUCCUAAGUUUUGGCUUAAUCUGCCUAUGCAACAUGUAUCUCUAUGAACUACGCAACCUCUGGCAGAUCUUUUUUCAUGUGACUGUGAGCGCUUUUUCAACGUUACAGAUCCGACUGAGGCAGCCACAAGGGAAGGCCCCUGAUUACAAUGUGUGAUGGUUGUCCUCCAGCAAGUCUCAAGGCAAACUUGAUCCAAGCAGUAUUCCUCUCAGGAAUGAAACACUUUUCUGCAAGACAGACGCUUCCCAUAGUUUAGGGCAUUAAUGACAGAGAAAUUCUUCUUCAAAGAAGAGCUGGAAAUGGUUCAGGACCCUGUUGCGGGACAAAUGAAAACCCUGUGCAGGAGAAUGUACCUCAAGGGCAACGUGAGAAGUUUGGAGGGGCAGCAUGAAAAUUCCACAUCCAGAAGUAUGAAAAUGGCAAGGAGCUUGUUCUGCAUAUCAAGUGAUUCCUUCAGUCCCAUACCAGGUUUGCCUUUGUGAGAUAGUAGAAAAGGCUGAAAUAAAAGGAUGGUGUUGCAUAUUAACAAACUGUUCAAUAUGAAUGAAUUUCUAAAUGCGAGAUUAUUGGAUGCACAUAAGUUUAAUGGUGUGUGUCUGCAUUUUCCUUAAUUAAAAUCUAACCCAGAACCAUCUGUUCAUGGGGAUUAGUUCCUGGGCCCCAAAGGCCUACCAUCUAGUGCAGUGCUCAUUCUGAAUUGCUUUGUUUCUACCCCUCCCCAACUUUUUCUGUGUAAUUUGCUUUGAAAGAAAUUUGGAAAGUGACCUCUCUCUUCUGCAGCCCCAAUAGCAAUCUCUAAUGCUUUUCUCUAAUGCUUGAAGGAUGAAAAGAAGUUGACUAGCCUCAUCUAGGAAAGAGCCUAACUUCUACUAAUUUUAAUUUAAUUGUCUAAGAAAACUGUUCUGGGAACAAAGGAAAUUAAAAGUACUGGUUGUGGACAACAGAUCUAUUGUAGAAGAGGUGAGCAACCUGACAGAAUCCCACAGUGGACCAAAAUAGCCUGCCAUCAGCAGACCAAUGAGGGAGGGUGAUGGUUAUUCAUUUCCACCCUCCUCUAACCCUCUGGAGCAGAUUUUGGGUUAGCUGCAGGGAGGGAGAUUGGGGGGGACACCCAUGUUUCCUUCCCUAUGACCACCUUUGCUGACUCAAUGAGCCUUCCUCAUUUUGAGGAUUAUGACUGGAUACAACCCUACUAAUCUCACCUUAAUGAGAAAAGUAAACCUGCUGGAUUGCAUUGCAUCCUGUAUGUUAAGUAGCAGCCAUGAGAACAAAAUGCCUUCGCAAUGAAGGUAGUUGCAGAAGUUUCCUCAUGUCCAGAUAAAAGUCGUUCAGGGUUUGUGCGGAUUUUAGCAGCUGGGGGUUCAGAGACAAACUUAAGAUUCAAGAGAAGCCUGUUCUAUGUUUAUGCUUGCAUUUAAUAAACUCUACAAUCUACUCCCACUGAUCUAGGCACAAGCUUUCAGUGUGAAAACUUUCUGUAGAGAUUCUAGCAAGAAAGCGAUGAUGCCAGACUGAAGUUAUAUUGUCCUACCUACCACAUCUCUAAUGUUUUAUGAUCCUCCUAGUCUUUAAUUGUAAGAUGUCACCUACACACAAGUGGUAGUUUUUUUCUGUAGGCAGUAAGAUUGUCUAGUCUUAGUUUUACUAUGAAUCCUAAGCUGCUUUACGCACUACAAUAACUUCUAAAGCAUUAUUUUAUAGGACAAUAGUGAGUGGGCAGAGACUACCCAAUCGGUAUACUCCCGCACUACUUGGAACACCCCUGCCCUCGAAUUAGAUGCUGUACCCCAGAAGUGGCUGAAUGUUUUUGUCCCAGCGGCAAUUUUCACCCUUGACUAACUUCUGGACAGUGGCCACCCAAAACCAUUGCAUGUACACAUAAGCGCUCCAUCAUCUACAUAGAUCAGCAGAGGAAGGGUUAAUCACCCUCUCCCUGCUCAUCAAAUGAUUUCUAGGGAGAUUUGCACCCACAUCAGAGUGGUGAGCUCUACCCACUGUAGUAAUAGGUCUAUUUUUUUCUUUCUGCCACUGCUGCCAAAAUGGAUGAAGCUUAUUGGGGGUGUGGGUAGAGGUAGAUCAGGCCCUAGAUCUGGAGGUCAGACAUUAUUUUGAAACCACAUGCAAGUAAUGUGUGAAGUAGCCCAAGUAUAUUUGUUGUAGACCCAAACGUUAAUAACGAUACACACAAAUUCUUCAUUUAUCAUGAUAGGCAUACAAAGAGUCCUAAACUGGGUCUUCCAGUUGCCCUAGUCUAGUUGCUGUUCUUGUAUGUUAUGUUUUCUUUACCUUCAUGAUAAUUUAAAAUAUAAGUAAAGGAACUCCUCCUGCCAAAUGAGGGAAAGACUCACUCUGGUUGCCAUGGGACACUGCGUAUGAUGACUUUGGGCAUCAGUUUCCUAGCUGCAAAAUGGGAAUAUUGAUCAUUUCAAUGAAAAUGUAAAGUGCUUUGUAGAAUAAAAGUGCUGUAUAAAUAAAUGCAGAAGCAGCUAUAAGAUGGUCAAGACUUCUGAAGUGAGGUCACUGCAACUUACACGGGGGUCUUUGUGGAUUUUUUUAAAUGAAGGUGUUUAUCACAGCCAACACUUCAAGAUUGGGACAUUAAUGAUAUAUACUGUGGGGUGGUGGAUACAGCUAGCACUAUAGGCAAUUGGAGCCUGCCCUAAAUACUUUCAUGUCUGUAAAGAGUCAUAGCCAAGGGCUGAGCAUGAAGAUGUUCAGGGCAUGCAACUUUGCUGAGGCUCUGACUUCUCCAAAAAGAAGUCAUCUUGGAUUUCAUACAUGUGACUAGAAGCACUGACAUGCUUACAGAUGCAUAUUGCAGGCACGCAAUCCAAGGGUGAAAAGCUAGCAGAAUUUGUUUAAGGAUUAAAAAAAAUCCCAUCACAGAACACAGUGUUAUCUAUCGUAAGUCCCAUUAAGUGACUGUGCUGGAUUGUAGCCCAAUGGGGGGGGGGCGCGGAAUUAGGAAAGAUGCUGAGAGUUAUGCAAUACCAAAUGAUUUAAUUAUCCUAACUGAAAAGAUAUAUCUAGCAAUCCCCCUAAUGUUGUGUUAUGUAAUGGCUCCCAUGCUUUCUAAGUGCAAAUCGCGCUCAUGACCAUACUCUUAGCUAGCAUGGAACAUCUAAAAUGUUCCUCAUCUGUGCUGGAGACCACCACUGUG